AUGCCGGCCCCGUCCGCCAUCCAUGUGCUGCAGUUGCUACGGGAGCUGCUGGCCUUCGUGCUGCUCAGCUACACGGUGCUCAUCGGGGCGCUGCUGCUGGCCGGCUGGACUACCUACUUCCUGGUGCUGAAGUGACAGCGCCCCGGCCGCUCGGACCCCGCCCCUCACAGCUGCAGGGCCUGCACGUGAACUCCCCCCUCUCGAGGCGUGGUCCUCCCGGGCUCAG